AUGAAUGAAACUUCAGUUUGUGUUGGAACAUUCACUGCUGUGAAGACACUUUGGGAAGUAAGAAUACACAAGAUAAAUGAGGAAUUACAGAAGGAAAAGGAAUUCAGACAGAGGUCUGCAGGAAGGCUACUACUUGUUUGGGAGGAGAGAGCUGCUUUAGCAAAGCUCAAAGAAAAGGUUAUUAAUGAAGAUGGGAGAGCAAUUUUAAGGAUAGAGGAAGAAGAAUGGAAGACAUUACCUUCGUGCUUAUUGAAACUAGCCCAUCUCCAGGAGUGGCAGCUUCACAGAACUAGUUUGCAGAAAAUUCCUCACUUCAUCGGGAGAUUUCACAGUCUUCUUGUUUUGGAUCUAUCCCGGAACUCCAUUGAAAGUGUACCUAAAGAAAUUGGCCAGCUGACUAGCCUCCAAGAGCUGCUUCUCAGUUACAAUAGAAUCAAAUCUGUUCCAAAGGAAAUAAGUAACUGCGUCAAUCUGGAAAGACUGGAACUGGCUGUCAACAGGAGUAUCUGUGAUCUUCCUCCUCAGCUCAGUGAUUUAAAGAAGCUUUCCCACAUAGAUUUGUGCAUGAAUCAGUUUACAAGCAUCCCUUCAGCCCUUCUCAACAUGCCAAAUCUAGAAUGGCUAGAUAUGGGGGGGAACAAACUCCAGGAGCUUCCUGAUGCAAUUGAAAGAAUGGAAAAUCUCCACACUUUAUGGCUCCAAAGGAAUGAGAUAACCUCUUUGCCAGAAACCAUUGGUAAUAUGAAAAAUCUUAAUACUCUUGUUCUUAGCAACAACAAACUUAGGAAUAUUCCAGCUUGUAUGAAGGACAUGACAAGUCUGAGAUUUGUCAACUUCAGGGACAACCCACUGGAGUUAGAGGUAACACUCCCUCCAUGUGAGAAUGAAGAAGAGGAGGAGCAACAGGAAAUGUUCGGCAUUGAAUUCAUGCAUGUCUAUAUCCAGGAGUCUCUCAGGAAAACAGGAAAUGUGGAAAGCAGCACCUCUGGUCCUUCUUCUGUCAUGAAUGCUAUUGAAUAA